UCACAACUUAUGAAUUACUCGUACAAGUCACAAGUCAGUCACAACCCUCAAAACCACCCCUCUCUCUCUCUCUGAUGGAAGACGACGACGAAUUCGGAGAUCUCUACACUGACGUCCUCCGACCUCUCACAUCGUCCUCUGCUUCUCAGCCACCUCCGAUACAAUCCACGCCACCGAAUCUCAGCCAUCCGAUCGAUCUCAAAAUCCAGAGCGAUCAUGAAGAGAUUACGCACGGAACUCCCGAUUUUAAUUUUACUUUAAAUUUCUCCAGCUCAAACCAAAACUAUGCCCUAGUUUCCGAUUCCGAUAAGACUGCUCCAAAGUUGAUUCUUGCCGGAAGUUUAGAUUCCCAUCGGAAUUUGAAUGUCGAUGACGAGUUGGAAAAUCAAGAAGUAGACAAACGGGAGGAUUUAGCUGGGGUUGGGAAUAAUUGGGCAUCGGAUUCGAUUGGGCCGAAUGAGUCUAGGGUUUUGGAGAGUGUUGGUGAUGUGAAACUACAGAAAAGGGCUUUUGACGAUCCAAAUUAUGCGGAUGAGUCUGGUAUUGAUGUUGUUGUGGACGAGGGAGAUGAUAAAGAUGAUUUUUUGGUGGAAAAAGAUGAGAUUUUGGCGGGUAAAAGUGAGAAUUUUGACGUAAAAGAGGUUGAUACUGGGAUUGGAGAUUUGGGUUCAGAGCAGAUAAUCCCGGGGUUAUCGAUUCCUGGGGUUUCAGAUGCGGUGGAUAAUUUUAGGACCCGGGAUGAUGCUACCGGCGAGGGGGAUGGUUGGGACAGUGAUAGUGAAGAUGAUUUGCAAAUUGUACUGAACGAUAAUAAUAAUGGGCCGAGAGCAAUGGACAGAACUGGCGUGAUGGGAACUGAUGAUGACGACGAGGAUGAAGACGGAGACCCUUUGGUUAUAGUUGCUGAUAGCGACCCAAAUCAUCAGCCAAUUCACGAGCAGGAAUGGGGAGAAGAUGCAGCUCAGGGGACAGAUGGUGAGAGACAGGAGUUGGGUGAUGCUGCCAAAGUGAUUGGCGUGGCUGUUGCGCCAAAGAUUGGGUACAACAAUCAUGGGUAUCAUCCAUUUCAUUCUCAGUUUAAGUAUGUGAGACCUGGUGUGGAGCCGAUGCCUGGAUCAGUUCCUGCCGGUCCUGGAGGAGUCCCAGGUCAAGUUCGUCCACCAAUUAACAUGGCCCCUAUUGCUGGUCGUGGCAGAGGUGAUUGGCGACCAACGGGAAGAGGUGCUUCUUCCAUGCAGAAAAAUUUUCAUCCUGGUUUUGGGAUGCCUGUUUGGGGCAACAAUACAUCGGGGCGUGCUUUUGGCAGUGGUCUGGAAUUUACACUUCCAUCACACAAGACUAUAUUUGAUGUCGAGGUUGAUAGUUUUGAGGAAAAACCAUGGAGGCUCACUGGUAUUGAGAUAUCGGAUUUUUUUAACUUCGAUUUGAAUGAGGAGAGCUGGAAAGAUUAUUGCAAACUGCUGGCACAACUUCGACUUGAGGCAACCAUGCAAAGCAAAAUUCGUGUUUAUGAAAGUGGGAGAAGAGAACAGGAGUAUGAUCCGGAUCUGCCCCCAGAACUAGCUGCAGCAGCAGGUUUUCAUGAUGUUCCAUCUGAAAAUGUAAAUCUUGGAAGGACAGAUGCUGGACAAAGCGACUUAGCAAAAGGAUCUGUGCAUGUGCGGCCGUCAUUACCAACAGGGAGAGCAAUACAGGUGGAAAGUGGUUUUGGUGAACGUCUCCCAUCCAUUGAUACCCGGCCACCACGAAUCCGUGAUUCAGAUGCAAUCAUUGAGAUAGUCUUGCAGGACUCCACAGAUGAUAAUUCCUUCCCAGAUAAUGAUGUUGUAGAUCGACCAGAAAAUGAUCCCGCAAGAGAAGAUGUCAGAGGAGAUCAUGCAAUCGAAGGAGACAUUGAAUAUCUCAAUGGUCUUCCACAUACUUGUAAUGGUAGGAAAGGAGAGCUGGUUGGACAAAGAGCACCAUUCAUGAAUUCUGUUUGUGAUAAUAUAAUUGGAACAGUACAUUUACAUUCAGAAGCACCCAGUCAGUGUCAUCCUGAUUCUAGGGAGGUAAACCUUGGCAGGAAUCUUGGCAUCCCUCGUGAGAAGAGGUGGUCAAAAGGAAGAGCAAAUGAUAAAUCCCCCAAUAUGACCCCUAGUGAAGAUACACAGGACAAAAGAAUGUGUGAUAAUCAAAAGGAAGGAUCAGUUGAAAGCAUCGGUGGUAAACACAGUCCUCUUUUAUCUCCUAUCUCUGAUGGGACUGCUAUGGAGCCGGAUGUUGAACACGGUGAUGGUAUGCACGAGGAGCUUGUGCUGGCUGACGGAACCUCUACAUUGGAAAGAGAGGAAAUUGCUUUGAUUGAAGCAACUGAUGUCCUCAAAGAUGAAAAUUCAAUGCAUUCUGUGAAAAAACUAAGUUCUCGAAUUGAACAACCUUAUCUUCAAGGAAUAGAUGAUGGAGAGGACUUACAGGCUGCAAGAAGUAGUGAAAACAGCAAAGCAAGAUCAGGAAGCAGCAGGGAUUAUCAAAAGUUACGUGAUGGUGUUGAGGAGGAAGAAGUUCAAGAUGAACAUUCUACACGCAUGUUGAACAUCAAGAGACCCCAUGGUGAAGAUGAGCAACGUGUCCGAAGAAAGGGCCGUGAUGAGAGGCGCAAAUUUGAAAGACACCGCAUGGUAGUAGAAGUAAGGGAUGAUUCUUAUUCUCGUAGAGACCGGGAUCCGAUCUCAGCCCACAAGUUGCAUGCAAAACGAAAGGAGAGGGAUAAUUCUGAUGGAGCCUGGCAAUGGAGAGAUGAUGAUUCGUAUGGAAAGAGGACUAGAACUGAACACUCGAGGAAGAGGGAGCGUAGUGAUGAAACAGGGUCUAGACACCAGGCUAAGGUUCGAGAAAGUGAGAGGGGUGACAGAGAUGAACGUCUUCAAUUGAGGAAACAGUUGGAUAAUAGUAGUUGGAGGGGUCAUCAUGAUAAAGAUAUAGGCUCACGAUACAGGGAGAGGGAUGAUAAUUUGAGGAGUCGAUGUGAGAAGAUGAAUGAUCUAAAUAGCAAAAGAAGGGAAGAAGAAAAAUAUUUAAGGAGGGACCACGCUGACAAAGAAGAAAUCUUGCAUGGCCAUAGAGAAAAUACCACUCACCGAAAGCGAGAAAGGGAUGAGGUUUUGGAUCAAUGGAAGCGAGAUGAUCAUGCCAGAAUAAUGGAUGAUGAUCAUCAUUUUAGACACACAGAAGAGGGCUGGUUUCAGAGAGAGAGGAGUGAGAAGCAGAGGGACCGGGAUGAAUUGCUUAUGCCCAAACAAUUAAAUGAAGUUAGUUCAUCAAAGCGAGAAAGAGAUGGAGGAGGGGGAGGAAUCAGGUGUGGGAGAGCUACAGAAGACAAAGUAUUGUUCAGCAGCCAUGGUAGAGUGAAGUAUGAGAAUAAAGGUUCUGAUAGAGACUACCAAUUUAAAGACACAGGGAAGCAGAGUGAGCAACUUAAGGGAAAGGAUCGAGUUGAAAGUGGAAGUUCACAGCAUAGGGGUCAUCAGAAUGCCUAUGCACGUGGAAUCCAACUCAGUAAUGAUGAGAGAAAAUCAAGGCAGGAAAGGACAAGUACUCGCAACGAUCGUGUUUCCACUGCUUCAGAUAACCAUAGGGCAUACCAAAAAGAACAAAAAGAUAAUCCUAGGAAAAGUAAAGAAUCUGAGGGUGGUGAUCACAACUCCUUUGGCCGUUCCAAGAGAAAGCUAGAGGAUCACAGUGGUCAUAUAAGUGACACGGGAAAUGACAAGAAUGAGAUCCCAGUGAACCAUCGUUUUUCCAGAAAACAUAAAGAAGAUGCUUCCUCUGAUGAAGAACACCAAGAUUCAAGGAGGGGACGGUCGAAACUGGAACGCUGGACGUGCCAUAAGGAGAGGGAUAUCAGUAACAGUGCUACGUCAUCACCUUCUUUAAAGGUUGAAGGGACUGACAGGUAUAAUGAUGCUGGGUCUUCCUUGGCCGGGAAGCUUCCAGAUAAAUCUUCCAAAAUGGUUGAAUCCAUUGAUAAUCAACAUCCUUUCCAUGAUGAGAAAGAUGCUGGUAAUUUAGAGAUUAGUAAUGUCAAUGUGAAGGCAACGGAGGACAAAGAAUUGGACACGGUUGCAAAGUUGAAGAAGCGAAGUGAACGCUUUAAGCUACCAAUGCCAAGUGAGAAGGAUGCACUGGCGGUUAAAAAGAUGGAGAGUGAACCAUUGCCUUCAGUCCAAAGCGACACCCAUGCAGAUUCAGAGAUCAAACAGGAGCGACCCGCUCGGAAACGAAGGUGGGUCAGUAACUAAUUAUGACGACAAACUGAUUCCGAAGGAGUUUCGGCAUGGUCCUUGGCCUGAUUCUUUAUAAUAUUUUGAUAGCCUAUUUUUUGCGCAAUUUCAAAACACACCCUAUAUCGACAUCUGCAAUAGUCAUGUGAUCUUGUAGCAAUGCUGCCACCCAUAUGUUUUUUUUUUGCAGAUUUUGUACAGACCAGCAAAUGUAACACUAUACUGGCCAUUGAGGGUGGCACAGAAUUUAUUUUUUGCUUCAAGUAACAUUAAUUCAUAAUGUAUUACUCGUAGAGAUUGUAUCUUGGGUGCCAUGGAGGUCAUGUAAGGACCUGGCCGUGCCGCCUAUCGGAUCUGAACUAAAUGAAGGGUGACACUCUAGGAGUUGAGGCACUUUUGAUGCUGACUUCUUCAAGUUGCGACAGCGGUUCUGGAAAAAACUAUACGCAAGCAAUGGGCAUCGGAAUGGAAACAACCCCUUUGACACUGGAGAAGGCGUCUUGAUUGAGGUGACAUGAAUGGAUGAUCUGUUUUUUGAUUGUAUAUAUUUUGUACCCUGAAAAGUUGGCAUGAGUUUUUUUUUCUUCAUAAGGCGCAAAGCCAGAAGUGGAUUUUGUUGGAUGUUCCUUUUGCGUUUGGGAACAGAUGAGUUACAAUAUUAAUCAAAGGAAAUGAGAAUAGACUGAAUAGUUAUUCGA